AUGGCAAUUCGAUUGCAGUCUUUCCGGCUUCUGUCCUCCUUGUUUCUAGUUAUAACACCAUCCGCGGUUACAGCCACUGCUCUCACCACUCACCAAUUCAGUGACCCCUCUCCCACCUCUGCUGAUCGUCAUUCCACCAUCGUCAGCCAUUCGAACGAGCAGUACAAUGGUCGUCGCAGGCUCGUGCUGCCGUCGCAUCUGGCUCGCCCGCACUCCACGGACGACACGGAGCUGCCGUGCGGCGACGCCUGGCAGCACAACUACACCGCCUUCCACUCCUCCGCCCGCGCGGCCGCGCGCGAUCCAUCCGCGCGGGCGCAGGAGAAGGCGGAGCUGCGGUACUUGACGUUCACGUGCACGCCGGGGCUGUGCGGCGGGAUCGGCGACCUGCUCAUCGGGCUCGUGUCGUCGUUCCUGCUGUGCGUGCUGCAGGACCGAAUCCUCAUCGUCGACUACCCCUGGAUGCUGCACGCCUUCGAGCCGAACCACAUAGACUGGCGCCUCGGCGACGACGUCCCUAUGGACCCCGCGCGCCCCUUCCCGCCGGGCCCAAGAGACAGGCGCAGGCGGGGGCAGGCGGACCCGAACGAGGUGCAGGAGGGCGAGGUGCUCCGCGUGAAUCUGCACAACCGCGACCUGCCGAGCAACGUGACGGAGUUCUUCGAGCGCAUGCGCGCCGCGAGGAACAUACGGCUCAUGUGGAACCGCGGGCUGCUGGUGCGGCUGUACGAGGAGGACGGGCCCUGGUGGCACGAGCUGCACAGACGAGGACUCAGACUGCCGUCCGCAUUUGGGUGCAUUCUGCGAUACCUUAUUAUGCCGACGCCAGCAGUGCGGCACAUGGUGCGAGAGGGCAUAGCGCGGCUGACAUACCCGGGCACGGCGUCCAUCUGCAUCCACGUGCGCACCAGCGACAUCUCCACGUGGGAGCAGCCCAAGGUGGGCGAGAAGGUGAAGUCGCGCAAGGAGAACGUCAAGCGCCUCCUCAAGGGCUCCCACCGCCUCUUUGCCUGCGCACAGAAGCUGGAGGACUACUGGUAUUCGAGUGACGCCCCAGGCAUGGCAGUCAAAUGGGUGCUCAUGAGCUCGUCGCUUGGACUCAAGCAGGCUGCACAGAGGAAAUAUGGCAGUAAGGACACCCCGUGCCGUGACCCGUCCUCCGCCCUGCCACCUCACCCUCCUGGCUGGCAGGACCGGUUCACCGAUCUGUACGACCUCGGGCAGAAGCUGGGGUCGGGGCAGUUUGGGACGACGUACGUGUGUCGCGAGCGCUCGACGGGCAACAAGUACGCGUGCAAGUCGAUUCCCAAGAGCAAGCUGCUCACGGAGAAUGACGUCGAGGACGUGCGACGCGAGGUUGCCAUCCUCUACCACGUGCAGGGGCAAGCGAACAUCGUGAACAUGAAGGGCGCGUACGAGGAUCGCGACUACGUGCACAUCGUGAUGGAGCUGUGCACGGGCGGCGAGCUCUACGACACCAUCAUCGAACGCAUCGAGGCGCGCGGCGUCCCCUACUCCGAGCACGACGCGGCGGAGAUGGCGCGCGUGAUAGUGCGCGUGGUGGAGCGGUGCCACUCGCUGGGCAUCGUGCAUCGCGACCUCAAGCCGGAGAACUUCCUGCUCUCAAGCCGCGACCCCGACACGGCGGAGCUCAAGGCGACGGACUUCGGGCUGUCGUGCUUCUACAAGGGCGAGGGCAUGGCGCGCCACUGCGGGUCGCCCAUGUACAUGGCGCCCGAGGUCGUGCGCUGGCGCUCCGCCACGCAGCUCAUGGUGAAGCGCCCCGCCAAGUACGGCCCCGAGGUGGACAUCUGGAGCGCGGGGGUCAUCAUCUACGCGCUGCUCUGCGGCUUCCCGCCCUUCUACCACAGCAGCCAUUCGACGAAGGAGAUAUUCAAGGCGGUGCUGCGCGCGAACCCGUCCUUCUCCAUCCCGCCGUGGCCCUCCAUCUCCGACCACGCCAAGGACCUCCUGCGCCAAAUGCUGCACCCCGACCCCGCCAAGCGCCCCUCCGCGCACGAAGUUCUCUGCCACCCGUGGCUGGCGGAGGCGGGCGUGGCGCAGACGGAGCCGCUGCCGCCCGUGGUGCUGACGCGGCUGAAGCAGUUCACAUCCAUGGUGAAGAUGAAGCGCAUGGCCAUGAAGGUGAUAGCGGAGGGGCUGAAGGAGGAGGAGAUCCGCGGGCUGCGAGAGCUGUUUGAGGCGAUGGACACGGACGGCAGCGGCACCAUCACCAUGACUGAGCUGCGUGAUGGGCUCAAGAAGUAUGGCGCCAACCUCAGCGACGCUGAGAUCAGCAGAAUCAUGGAGGAGACGGACAUAGACCAGAGUGGGGAGAUUGAGUACGGGGAGUUCCUGGCGGCGACACUGAAUCUGAGCAAGAUAGACAAGCAGGAGAAUCUGCUCAAGGCGUUUGCCUUCUUUGACACGGAUGGCAGCGGCACCAUCACGCUGGACGAGCUGCAGAAGGCGUGUGAGCAGCUCAAGAUGUCCACGGGCGAGGUCGAGGCCAUGAUGCGCGAGGUCGACGAAAACAAGGAUGGGACGAUUGACUACCAGGAGUUUGUGGCGAUGAUGAGGAAGACACAGACAGGAGGCCUCACACGCCGCGACAUCAUGGAUGGCAACUACGGCGUCACAGAUAAAGAGUUUGGAAGCGAAUCUUUCCCGCGUCUCGCUAUCGGCCACUCGUCCCACCGCACCUCCGCGCGUCGCGUCGAAUGCAAUCCCGCGUUCGCGCCAUGCGCCAGCCACGCGCCAUUCUCCGUCGUUGCGCCAUCAGCCGUCAGGACCCGCCCGCUCCGCGCCAAUCAGAACAGUCGACGACCACAUUCGAGGCGGCUGAUCGUUCGUGCGACAGAAAGCGACGAGGGCGCAAUUGCACGCCGGGUGGAGGAAACGCAAUGCGGGGAGGCGAGCAGCAGGGGCGCUGGUGAUGGCGCAACGGGGGAAACCGCGGGCGAUAGUGGCGGAAAUGGUGCUCUUUCGGCGGGGACGGGUGUGAAUUCCGCGGAUGCGCUGGUCGCCGCGGAUAGUGCGCGAGGCGAGUCAGCAUCGUCGGUAUCGGGGGGAGAGGCGGCGGCGUCGUCGUCCCCCGGGUGGUGGAGCGGCGUGUGGGGCGCGGGGGGCUGGCAGAAGCGGUGGAGCAUCGUGGUGCUGUGCUUCUUCGCCUUCCUGCUCUGCAACAUGGACCGCGUGAACAUGAGCAUAGCGGUGCUGCCCAUGGCGGAGCAGUUCCAGUGGACGCCCGCCACCGUGGGACUCGUGCAGUCCUCCUUCUUCUGGGGCUACCUCCUCACUCAGGUGGCGGGGGGAGUGUGGGCGGACACGAUAGGCGGCAAGCAGGUGCUGGGAUUCGGAGUGGUGUGGUGGUCGCUCGCCACUGUGCUCACACCGUUCGCCGCCUCCCUCGGCCUGCCCGCGCUGCUCUUUGCACGCGCCUGCAUGGGCGUUGGGGAGGGAGUGGCGAUGCCAGCGAUGAACAAUCUGCUGUCCAAGUGGGUGCCCGUGGGCGAGCGCAGUCGCUCCCUGGCGCUGGUCUACAGCGGCAUGUACCUGGGCAGCGUGGCGGGGCUGUCGCUGUCGCCCGCCAUCAUCCACGCCUUCGCCUGGCCCUCCGUCUUCUUCUCCUUUGGCUCCCUCGGCCUCGUCUGGUUCGCCUUCUGGCAGACCAAGGCGUUCAGCUCGCCUGCGGAGGACCCGAGUGUGACGGCGGCAGAGAGGGCGCUCAUAGCAGCCGGGGGCGCACAGAAGGGGCAGGGGGCGGGCAAGGCGCAGGGGGGAGAGGAAGGGGCGCACCUGGAGGGCAGUGAGCCGCUGCGGCUGUCGACUAUCCCGUGGAAGCUGCUGCUGAGCAAGGCGCCUGUGUGGGCCAUCAUCAUCUGCCACUUCUGCCACAACUGGGGCGUCUUCAUCCUCCUCACCUGGAUGCCCACCUACUACCAUGAUGUGUUGGGGUUCAACCUGACGGAGUCGGGGCUGUUUGCAGUGCUGCCGUGGCUCACCAUGGCCAUCGCCUCCAACGUCGGUGGAUGGAUCGCCGACACCCUCAUUGCCAAGGGCCUCUCCGUCACCCUCGUGCGCAAGGUGAUGCAGAGCAUUGGCUUCCUGGGUCCGGCCAUCUGCCUCUCACUGCUCUCCACUGUCAAGUCACCCGUUGCUGCCAUCGCCCUGCUCAUGGUCUCCCAGGGCACGGACGCGUUUUCCCAGUCGGGGCUCUACUCCAACCAUCAGGACAUCGGCCCGCGCUAUGCGGGCAUUCUGCUGGGUCUGUCCAACAGCGCUGGUGUGCUGGCGGGGGUCUUCGGCACCUAUGUCACGGGGCAGAUCCUGCAGAACGGGUCAUGGGACGAGGUGUUCACGGUGGCGGUGGGGCUGUACCUGGUGGGCACUGUUCCCCCCCUCUCACCUGAACCCGCGCUGCCAGGAGUGUCGUUGCUCCCCGGCACUCGCACGGGGGCGGGAGGAGCAGUUGUGCCCUCCUCGCUCCCAGGAGGCGGAGGGCUGUUGUCGCUGCCAGGAGGAGCAGCACUCGGAGUCGGCGCCGAGCCAAUCAUUGGUUCUGAGGCAGGUGCAGAGGCUGGGGCCGACCCUGGCGCGACAGCAGGUUCGGAUGCUGGCGCUGGGGCAGGGGCGGGACCAGAGGGGCUGGGAGCAGCGGCAGGGACAGGAGCAGGAGCCGAGGCGGAGGAGGGGGCAUGCGUGGGGGCGACAGAAGGCGCUGGUGCUGGGGAGACGGAGGAACUGGGCGCGGCAGAGGGAGUCGGCGCGAGUGUGGGCGCGGACGCAGGGGCAGUGGCGGUGGGUGCCGGAGCCGGGGAAGGGACUGGCGCGGACGGCUGUUGCGAUAAACAAGGUGGCGCGGCCAGAGCGAGCAGGAGCACAAGGAAGACGGCGGAGAGUGCGGAACCCAUCUCGGCUCAGUGGGGCGACGAGGAGGUGAGACUCAGGAGUUGCGCUGAGUAUGAAUACCGCUGA